AUGGAUUACUCUCCGCUCCUGCUGCUGUGGUUCUGCAGCCUCCUGCCAGAUCUCAGAUUUUGCUUCAACUUUGACUCCAGAAAUGCCAAAAUCUUCAGAAGUCCCAGAGAGAACCAGUUUGGCUACACUGUUCAGCAGCACCAGGCCGGGGGGCGACAGUGGUUGCUGGUUGGAGCACCAUUUGAAACCACAGGGGAGCAGCAGACCGGUGAUGUGUUCAGGUGUCCUCUUGACACCCGAGACGCCUCCUGCAGUCGUUUGCAACUCGGGAAAGUUUCCCUGGAUCAUAUCUCUGAGAGAAAAGACAAGAUGAGACUGGGGAUGACCUUGACCUCUAAUCCUAAAGACAGCAGCUUUGUGACCUGUGGUCCACUGUGGUCUCAUGAGUGUGGAAGCUCCUUGUACAGCACUGGGAUCUGCUCCAAAGUAGGACGUAACUUCAAGAUGUCACACACCCUCACGCCUGCACUGCAGAGAUGUGAGACUUUCAUGGAUAUUGUGAUUGUUCUCGACGGUUCCAACUCCAUCUAUCCCUGGUACGAGGUCCAGGACUUCCUCAUCAAUAUCCUACAGAAGUUCUACAUUGGUCCAGGUCAGACGCAGGUGGGUGUAGUCCAGUAUGGCACCAGAGUGGUCCAUGAGUUCAACCUUGGUGAGUAUCAGACAGUGGAGGAUGUAGUGGAGGCUGCCAGGAGAAUCCAGCAAAGAGGGGGCGAGGAGACGAGGACGGCUCUGGGCAUCAACGUGGCGAGGUCUCAGGCUUUCAAACGCGGAGGGAGACCGGGGGCCAAGAAAGUGAUGAUAGUGAUCACAGACGGCGAAUCUCACGACAGUCCUCAGCUGCUGCAGGCUGUCGGGGACAGUGAGAGGGAGAACAUCACCUUAUACGCCAUCGCUGUUUUGGGUUAUUAUAACCGGAGAGGAAUAAACCCUGAAGCCUUUCUGCAAGAAAUCAAGUUCAUCGCCAGCGACCCAGAUGAAGAACACUUCUUCAACGUGACGGACGAGUCAGCUCUGAAGGACAUCGUGGAUGCUUUGGGGGAGAGGAUCUUCUCUCUAGAGGGAACCAGCAGUCAAGGACGAGGCUUUGGACUUCAGAUGGCUCAGGCGGGGUUCUCCUCACAUUUUGUCAAGGAUGGUAUUCUGUUGGGUGCGGUGGGCGCCUACGACUGGAAUGGCGCCGUGCUGAAGGAGACUAAGCAUGGAAAGGUCGUGCCCCCCAAAUCUUCUUAUCGUGCAGAGUUUCCGGAAGAGCUGAAGAACCAUGGAGCUUAUCUCGGUUAUUCAGUCGGCUCCCUGGUUACUUCUCGGGGUUCUCAACUCUACGUCUCAGGCGCUCCGAGGUUCAACCACACUGGCAAGGUCAUCAUCUUCUCCCUGAAAAACAAUGGGAGUUUGACAAUCCUUCACACACUCUUAGGGAAACAGAUUGGCUCCUACUUUGGGAGUGAGGUGCUAUCAAUGGACGUGGAUGAAGAUGGAGAGAGUGACGUCCUGCUAGUGGCAGCACCGAUGUUCUACAGUCAGGGCAGGGAGAGAGGGAUGGUGUAUAUGUACACUGUCACUGCAAAGGCUUCACUCAUCCUGAAUGGAUCCCUGGUGCCAGCCAUCGCCCAGAACUCUCGAUUUGGUUCAGCCAUGACCCAGAUCCCAGACAUGAACGGAGACGGGUUCCAAGAGCUGGUGGUGGGAGCACCACUUGAAGACGACCACCAGGGGGCGGUUUACAUCUUCCAUGGCCUUAAUAAAACCAUCAUCCCACAGUACAAACAGCGUCUAGCAGCCGCUGGCUUUUCUGCUGGCCUGCAGUAUUUCGGGCGAAGUCUUCACGGUGUGUUGGACGCCAAUGGUGAUGGACUUGUUGAGUUGGCAGUGGGAGCGCUGGAAGCCGCUGCAAUCAUCUGGUCUAGAGGCGUGGUGCGGAUCCGGGCCAGACUCACCUUUGAACCAGAGAAGGUCAACAUUUUCAACAAGGACUGCAGGCGAGGGGGGAAGGAUGUGACCUGCAUGUCUGUCACUGUCUGCCUGUCUCUGGAAUCCAGGACCAAGACCGCGGGAGACGUGGGUACGUGCCAAAGUGUAGCAUUAAGGUUUAGUCUGGUCUUGGACGAGCGUCGCUUUCCUCCUCGAGGUCUUCUGGACGAGUCCGAUCGCCAGCAGCCAAGACAUCUGGUCCUGCAGGCGGGGGUGGACGAGAGCUGCCAACCUCUUGGCUUCUCUGUUCAGGACACGUCACAUUAUGGACGUCCAAUUACUGUUGCCUUGGAGACAGGGCUGCUGAACCCAGAGCAGGGGCCAGUGCUGGACCCUGACUGGCCAACUGCUCUAAGGACUGAGCUGCACUUCUGGAACGGGUGCGAACAAGAAGAUGUGUGUGUCCCCGACUUGAUCUUGAACACACACACUGACUUGGUGGAUGUUCAGACAUUUUGCAGUGGGAAAGAUCAAGCUGUGUGGUCCAUAUGUCGACACCAGGGGGCGAGAGAGAGCUCAGUAUACUUGGUGGAGGCAGGGCGAAGGAGAGUUGUAGUUUUCACUCGUCUGGAGAACCACGGCGAGAAUGCUUAUGGAACCACGAUCAACAUUUCAGCAUCCAGUAAUCUGGUCUUCUCCAGUCUCAUUGUAAAGGAUCAAUCAGACAUCCAGAUUGAAUGCUUCUCAGACGACAGUUCGACCAAUCAGAGGAGUUGUAACAUCAGCGCCCCCUUCAUGAAGUCCCUGUCUCAGGUUUCUUUCCGGGUUGAGUUUGAGCUCGACCACUCUGUGUUCCUCGAUCACCUUCAGGUUGUCAUGGUAACCAGCAGUGACGGAGAAGAAGGUUAUCCAGAUGACAACACCAACACGAUCUAUCUUCCUCUGGUGUAUCAAACAGAGAUUCUCUUCAGCAGAGACCCGUAUCCUCCUCGAUUUGAAAUCCAGGCAGACUCGUCCUCCUCGACGAAGAGGAACCUCACAUCAUUUAAUCUGACCUAUUACGUUCAGAACCUGGGUCAGUUUGUGAUCCAGGACGUGAUGUUCAAAGCAGAUGUUUGGGCAGUGAGUCCGGGUGGGAACCUGCUGCUGAAUAUCAGCGAAUGCAGCGUUGACCAGCAGUCAGCUGGGUCUCCUUGUGUCCUCCCUGAAAUCCCAAGGAGCAAUCCAAUCACAGCAGAGGAUCUUACAACCCUGUCGGAGCUGAACCAAAGUAACAGCCAGAGCCUCCAGGUUCAGUGUCAACUGCAGCUUCCACCCUUCAGACAGGUCAAGCUCACUCUCAGAGGAACCUACCAACUUCCUGUUCUGCAGGCGGUAAGUUUCAGGUCUCUGGAUGUUUUGACGUCAGCAUCCAUUAACCUGCCAGCGUCGAGCAACAUGUUCCUGCUGGAGGAGCAACCUUACAGAGAGAUCCUCUUGCAGCUCAGGAAAGACAAUGAAAUGAGUGUUCCAGUUUGGAUCAUAGUGGGAAGCUCACUGGGAGGGCUGUUGAUACUGGCCAUACUCAUACUGGCUCUGUGGAAGGUGGGCUUCUUCAGUCGACGGAAAAGGCAGAAGGAGGAGUCAGAAAAUGAGAAGCCUGGAGCCGAGCUGUGAUGGCGACAUCGUUCAGGAUCAGGUGACCUCAAGAAGGAACUGAGUUGAACUAGCUCUUAUUUAUAAACCGCUGUGAGGAGGUCAACUGACCCCAUCCACGGCCCCCAGAGGCGUCGCCCAUCCCCUACCAGACAAGACAAGUGGACCUGCCUGAUUCUGGUCACAUGACUUCUGUACACAGUUCAUAUUCACGCUGAGUCACCAGUAAACAUCACCUGUCUUCAGUGGACCCUUAAUGGACUGUUCUCUUCUGAGACUGUUCUCUUCUGUACCGCAAUUUCCAGUACAGAAAUGACCCAGCACAAACGUCAGUCCGUGACUCUCCUAGUUUCAAAGACGUUUUGUCACUUUCUUUGGUAACAUCCUGACUGAAGCAAACAUUUGCCUCACAUCAGCUUAAUAUUUGACUCACCAUUAACCAUUCGCUCCACAAAAGAACUUCGACUUUAAAACGCAAAACAAAAUGGCUGUAACUAUCAGAGCAUAAACAGAACCAACCUCUGGACAAGUGAAGCUUGUUUUGGAAUCGCCAAACGAAAUCAACAACAAUGUCUAACAUAUUGUUACUGUAAACAACAGACUCAGUAUUUGUGUCAGUUUAAAACAUACAUGGCUCAUGCACUUUGUUGUAAAA